AACCCGAGAGAGACGCAAUCCAACUAGCCGGAGCUCAUUCGGCUGCUUUUCUUCUGCGUGAGUGUCACACACAGACAACGUGGAGCGAUGGUGCUCGACCUGGACCUGUUUCGGACCGACAAAGGCGGCGAUCCUGAAGUCGUCCGUGAGGUCCAAAGGAAGAGGUUUAAGGAUGUCACGCUCGUCGACAAGCUGGUCGCCGCGGAUACGGAAUGGAGGAAGUGCCGCUUUACUGCAGACAACCUCAACAAAGCAAAAAACCUGUGCAGCAAGAGUAUUGGGGACAAAAUGAAGAGGAAAGAACCUGUUGGCGAGGAUGAGUCUAUCCCAGAAGCGGCGCAGAAUCUGGAGGCGCUCACGGCAGAUAUACUCUCGGCCCUAACAGUGACCCAGAUCAAGAAAGUGCGUGUACUGGUGGAUGAGGCCAUGGUAAAAACUGACAGUGAGCGGUUGAAGCUGGAGGCGGAACGCUUUUCAUACCUGAGAGAGAUCGGCAACCUCCUGCACCCUUCUGUGCCCAUCAGCAACGAUGAGGAUGCAGACAACAAGGUGGAGCGUACAUGGGGUGACUGCAGCAUCCAGAAGAAGUACUCCCAUGUUGAUCUGGUGGUCAUGAUUGAUGGCUUUGAGGGGGAGAAGGGAGCAGUCGUGGCUGGGAGUAGAGGCUACUUCCUGAAGGGCCCUCUGGUGUUCCUGGAACAGGCGCUAAUCAACUACGCUAUGAGGAUCCUGCACAACAAGAACUACACCAUGUUGUACACGCCCUUCUUCAUGAGGAAAGAGGUCAUGCAAGAAGUCGCUCAGCUCAGCCAAUUUGAUGACGAGCUCUACAAGGUCAUCGGUAAGAGCAGCGAGCGAGCCGACGACAACUCCAUCGACGAGAAGUACUUAAUUGCCACCUCCGAGCAGCCAAUUGCAGCGUUCCUGAGGGAAGAGUGGCUCAAGCCCGAGGACCUGCCUAUACGCUACGGCGGCUUCUCGACCUGCUUCAGACAGGAAGUGGGCUCUCACGGCAGAGACACGCGUGGCAUCUUCAGAGUUCACCAGUUUGAGAAGAUUGAGCAGUUUGUCUACGCAUCGCCACACGAGGGCAAAUCUUGGGAGAUGUUCGACGAAAUGAUCGGGACCGCAGAGGACUUUUACCAGUCCCUCGGUAUUCCUUAUCGCAUCGUCAACAUCGUCUCUGGUGCACUGAAUCACGCCGCCAGUAAGAAGCUGGAUCUGGAAGCAUGGUUCCCAGGCUCCGGUGCUUUCAGAGAGCUGGUCUCCUGCUCCAAUUGCACAGACUACCAGGCCAGACGCUUGCGUAUCCGCUAUGGACAGACCAAAAAGAUGAUGGACAAGGCAGAGUUUGUUCACAUGCUUAAUGCCACCAUGUGUGCCACCACACGCGUGAUGUGCGCCAUCCUGGAGAAUUGCCAAACAGAAGAGGGCAUAAUUAUUCCAGAGAAGCUCAGGGAAUUCAUGCCUCCUGGUAUAACCGAGAUCAUCAGGUUUGUCAAGCCAGCACCCAUCGACCAGGAGAUGUCCAAAAAGGCGAAAAAACAGAAGAAUAAGCAGGCAGGAGAUAAGAACCUCCCCAACGCCAUGGAGGAGAUGUCUGUCAAUGACUCCUAAACGCAAAAGCUAAAUAAAUAAAAAUUAUGGAAUUGA